UGACAUUGAGUGGGGUGGUAGGCAGGCUGCCAACGCUUCAGUCAAUGCGAUCAGGAUGGCUUGGCACCGGCUCCGGGCUGCUUUGAUAAACACCAAUUGUCCGGGAUGUAUUUAUUACAGUGCGCUUUGAUUACAUUGGCGCGAGGAGGGCGUCGCGAGUAGCACGAGGCGUAACAGACUUUUUUUAUUCAGCGUUUUAACCGUCGUUGCAGUCACUGCAGCAACAAACAAAACCUGCGUUGUGAUCCACCUCAAGGAGGAAACUGUCACCUCUGCUUCGACUGAAACUACAUCACCGUCUGAAAGAGGCAGACAGUCCUCACAGUGUCCGCGCCCACCUAAAAGAAGCAAACCUGCAGACUGCAGAUAUGAGCUAGCAGCAGGCUAACCUGCGUUAGCCAGUUAGCCGAGUUCGCUACGUCAAGAACUUUGUUGGCAAGCUACGUUAUCAACUCGAGAUACCAGCCGCGGUUUUAACCCAAUGGUUCUGGUCAAGGUACAACUUUAGAUGUCGUCUUAGCUGUCAGAGUAACUCGGGGCAGGAGAUAGUGGGAGUAUAAUGCAUUUUGUAGUUGCAAAAGUUAGGUAACGUUAACAUCCAGCUAGCUUGCGAGCCAUGCUAGUUUUUCUUAACGUGACUCACUGGCUGUUGAUGAAUGUAUCGUAUCGCAACAUCGGGUGUUGUCUGGCUGUCGCCCCUCCACUGAAAGGCUGCUGAUGACUCGUUUAUGACCAGAGAAGAGACUGUGUGUUGUCUCCUGUCGCUCCCGGGACAAAGCAGCUCGUGUUUUAUUUAACAAAAAUAUCGUUACUUGGAUUUCUGUGAUAAAACCAUCAUGGGGUCCCUGAAGGCUCUCCAGGAGUGGUGUCGGAUACAGUGUGAGAAUUACAACGACGUGGAAGUAAGGGACAUGUCAACGUCCUUUCGGGACGGUUUGGCGUUUUGUGCCAUAAUACAUCGCUACAGACCUGAAUUGAUAGACUUUGGCUCACUGUCUAAGGAGAAUGUCUACGAGAACAACCGACUGGCGUUUGAGGUGGCAGAGACGCAGCUUGGGAUUCCAGCCCUGUUGGACCCAGAAGACAUGGUGUCCAUGAAAGUGCCUGACCGGCUCAGCGUCAUCACAUACGUCUCCCAGUACUACAACUUCUUCAACAACAAGUCUCAAGCAAACCCCCCUAGCAUGAAAAGGCUGAGCUCCAUCAGUCAUAAUGAGCCAGCCCAGAAAAGGCCCCCGACCCCUUUGGAAGACAAAGCAGUUGAGUCUGAGCCGAGCCAGCCCGCGCAGACAGGUGUAGAAACGGUUGCAGCAGUCAAGCGCAGCACUCUCAGCAGCACCUGCGCUGCCUGCCAGAAACACGUCCACCUGGUGCAGAGAUUUCUGGUGGACGGCAAGCUCUACCAUCGCAACUGCUUCAGGUGCACAGAGUGUCACAGCACGUUGCUUCCUGGGUCCUACAAAUUAGGAAGCGACUCUGGCGCCUUGGUCUGUACACAUCACCUCGCAAGACAUGCUUUAACCAAUCAGAAUGGCCGGCCAGAUCUUAGUAAGAGACCAGUUGUAGGUGGGUCUGCCAGGAUAGGUCGCAGCACAAUUCCUCACACCUCGCCCUCUGAGAGGGAACAGGCAAAGACUCCUCUGGUAAACCAAAUCAAUGAUACUGACACGCCCACCAAUAACUCUGACACAGUCGCUGCUGUUACAACAAGUGCAGCAGACUCUUUGGAGAAAGCAAAGGAGAUGGAUGGCAGCGGAGGGACAGAGGAGACACCACGUUCUUCUUCUCCUCCCAACCCUUUUGAUGAGAGCGAUGAAGAGGAGGAAGAGGGCGAGAAAGAGGAAGAUACCAAGACACCAGCCAAAUUAACGACCAAUGGGGACCUCCCUUCUACAUCUGACAGUCAUAAUGAAGUUGCCAGUCGGCCAGUACCUGCACCCCGCCGGAUCCCUGAACCGACCCCUCCUCCUCGCCCUGCCCCUCGAGUUCGGCUACCCCGUACGGCAGAUGGCCUUACAGCUGGUGAACAUCUGAAGCCUCCAACUCCUCCCAAACCUCGAGCAAGGUCACAGUCUCCUGGAAGCCUGUCCAGUGGCUCCCAUAAACCCAAAGACCCACCUUGGCUCGCCCUGGUCCAAUCAGAACCCAAGAAGAAGAAAGCCCCUCCCCCUCCCCCUGCCGGACUGGCAACCCCUCCCAAUACAGGCUCUCUGUCCUCUCUCAAAGGGGACGGCUCCAGACCCAGCACGCCUCCUGUGCCCGCCAACCCAUUCGAGGACGACGACGAUGAUGAAAAUGGCGAGGUAGCAGAGGAAGAGGGAAACGAAGGCAGUGCGAUUCCUUCCACAAUUGUUGCUAGUCACCCAUGGUACAGCAUCACUCAGGCAGCUGAUGCUACGACAGGUGCAGACACUCCCCCUAGUGGAGGAAGCUCGUCCCGCUCUGCUAGCCCGGGAAGCGCCAAGAGCAAGAAACGGCCGGCGCCUCGUGCUCCACAGCCACCUGCAGGUCACCAAGUUUCCUCUCACUCUCAGCCCUCCUCUUGCUCUCCCUCUCCAGCUCUCAGCACAGAGAGUCUGUCUUCUGGCUCGGACCACAGCUCCUCCCAUCCCCCUUUGGGUGGCGGUGGCGGUGGCAGUGCCAGCAGCGACCAGGAACACUCCUUCACCAAAAGUGUCUCGGAGCCUUCCAUCUGUUCGCCGUGCGACUCUACGGCAUCUCCUUCCUCCUCCUCGACUGAGCGUCUGCCUCAUGCUUCCCUAAGCCCCUACCCUUCCCCCAUGCUGUCAAAUGCCAGCUCAGCUCCAGCCACUCCACAGACCAGCCGCAGCGUUGGGGCCAAAGGGACCAGAGACCCUCCACCACGACCCCCAACAGCACCCAGCCCAUUGGCUUCAGGAGUCACCCCGACACACAAUAAGCGGAUCUGCAAGGAGAACCCAUUCAACAGGAAAGCUUCUCCCUCACCGGCUAAAUCCAAAUCCAAACCACCAAAAGGCCCUCGUCCUGCCAGGCCCCCGGCCCCUGGCCAUGGCUUCCCUCUCAUCAAACGCAAGGUGCAAUCAGACCAGUACAUCCCAGUAGAGGACAUCCAUGUGGAGAUGGGUCAGCUGGAGAAGCAGCUGGAUGAACUGGAGCAGAGGGGAGUGGAGCUGGAGAAGAAGUUGAGAGACAACCCGAAUGAUGAGGACGAGGAGAGCCUGUUGGUGGACUGGUUUACUCUGAUCCAUGAGAAACACCUUUUAGUGCGACGAGAAGCUGAGCUGGUCUACACAGCGAAGCAGCAGAACCUGGAGGAGAGGCAAGCUGACGUGGAGUAUGAGCUGAGGUGUCUUCUCAACAAACCAGAGAAAGACUGGACAGACGAGGACAAGAGUCGAGAGCAGGAGCUGAUGGCUGAGCUGGUUACCAUCAUCGAACAGCGCAACCAGAUUGUCAACAACAUGGACCAGGACAGGCAGAGGGAAGAAGAGGAGGAUAAACUUAUGGAGGCCAUGCUAAAGAAAAAAGACUUCCACAAGGAUCCAGACGUUGACCAGCACAAGAAAAAAGGAGCAAAGUUCAAACCCAUUAAGGUGCUCAAGCGGCUGAGCCAUAAAGGAGAACCAGGCAAGAGCCACAGCCCCCGCAAGGAGAAAUCACCAUAGAAAGGACACAUUCUCCUCUAAGAAGAUAUGAGGCUGUUUUAACAUGACUAAGGAAAAUGAAAAAAAGGACAUGCGAAAAGAAAAUGCAGCAGAUCAAGAAGAUGAGGUGUCCUUUAACUGUCAUUAAUGAGGCGGAAGUGCAACCCAAAACACUUCCUGCUCACAUCUUGUGACGCUUCUCCAAAAAGUCUCUGCAGUGACUAUUUUCAGUUGCCUUUGUGUGUUUUAAAGGGACAGUACAUUAACUGUUGUAAGAGCCGAUGUGUUUUUAAGUUCUCCAACCUUUCAAGCUAGUGAAGAAUAGGUUUCUAAAUUACUGCACUGAAUUGUUGUAUGUUCCUUCACUAUCCUUUUAUCAAGGCUCUGCAAAGGUGCGACUCAUCAGCUCGAGUGAAGUCAGUUGGAAUCAAAGUUGUUCGCUGAUAUCGAAGGUUUUUAAUCUAUGCCUGAUUUACGCUCGUUGAAUUCCCCUCCUUGACUCAAAAGGUCAGCAGCUCUGAGGAGGUUUCACGUCACGAUUGGUUUGAGCCUGUGGUACGAGUUAAAGUAAAACAUUUUACUGUCGUUUUUAAAGAUGAGCUCUGCUUUAAAUCUCGCAACAUCGCCCUUGAAAUGCUCGAUCGACAAUGGAUACCUAAGCUCUUCUAGCUGCUAUGUUAUGAUCAUAUGUGGUUUCCUAGUUUUUCUUCUUUAGUUCUGCAAUGGUGUCAUUGUGUAAAUGCAUAUCAUCAAAGGUGUGGAUGAACAUAGUACAGUAUUAGUGGGUGUGGGAGACUCUAGAUCAGAUUGAUGUAGAAGAUGUGAAGUCUGGAGGAGAGCAUUGUAGACAGUUUAUAAACAUGAAAGGUCACAUGCAAUAAUGAAUAUUAGAAAAAGCAGAUUUACAGUAUUUUAACAACUGUAGCGAAGCACCAGCUUAUAACAGUUUUAACAAUUGGGGAAAAACUGAAUAUGCAAUCAUUAAUUUAUAUUUUACUAUGCCUUUCUGUAUGUUCCCAUGUUUUGCCUUACAAGUGGAUAGGACAAAAAAAACAUGUUAAUAUUGUUUGUACGAGUGCCAUUUAUUUAAUUUCUUAUGUGGAUAAGCUUCAUUUGUUCGAGCUAAUGUAAAUGUCAGUAUGUUUACUCACUCUGUUCCUGUUCCGUCAGUUAGAUUGUCUAUUUGUCCUCCAUUUUAAAUGGUAAUCUCUGUCGUGUCUGUGUUUCCGCUCUGUGCCUGUCUUCCUGUCCGGCUGGAACCAAGGGCUUCUGUAGCGCCACCUUUCUGUUGAGUUAUACGUCGUCCGAAAACAGCAGCAGGAUUAUAAAAAAUACUGACACUGGAAGGCAGAGGAAUAAAAUAACUUAAUGCAAGUA